GCUCAAGAUUAUUUUGAUCAUAAAUUAGAUUUUAUUCAUCAACAUAGACAAUAUCAAAAAUUAAUUAUUAAACAUGGAGAACCUUUUUUAACAAAUCAAAAUCAGGUAUUAAAAAAAGGUCUUUGUAUUCGUCGAGAUUUAUUAAAAGUUCAAUUUGAACUUGCCGAUGAAAAUGAUAUAAAAAUUGAAAAGAAAAUUCCAUCAUCAAUGACAAUAGCAAAAUUAAAAACAUUUGUUCGUCGAUUAUUUCCAUCACAAUUAACUAAUGAUAUUCAAUUUAAUUUAUUUGUUGUUAUUGAUAAAAAACAUAAAGAACUUAUCUCAAAUGAUUAUCAAGAUAUUCAAUUUUAUUUAGGAAAUUCUUUAAUUAAUAACAAUAAUGAUGAUGAUCGACCUUCGAUUAUCAGAAUUGAAACUAUUUAA